AUGUUGAAGAAUAAUUUCAAUAAUACGAGCAAGAUGCCGACUUUCCGUCUGAAAACGGCGUUUCCCCUCAUCGCCCUUCUCUCAAUAGGGCUUUUCUUCUGGUGCAUCGAACGCUACGAUCGUGAAGCCCUCCUCCGUUUCAAACAUCCCGUCGAUCGGGUUACCUCAUCUGGUGCUCCUCAAAUCCAGCUCCAAACCAGCCCCCCGGUCGCUAAGCAGUGCGACGUGGAGAACGUCACACCGAUUCUCCCCUUCAACGAGUGGCUCCUCCGAAAGAACUACACCCGUGCCUACUUCCGCCCUAACUUCCAGCCCCCCAAGACCGAUUUCAAAUCGCUUGAGGAUGUCGAUGUUCCGGUCCUUCCUCCCAUGACCCGCCUCGAGCGUGGCAUGGUCAUCUCUCCAUCCAACGAGGAGGACGCAAUGGCCUGCCCACCGGUUAUCGACGUGGAUGUUGCGGCCGACCACGAUAUUGACGAAACCGAUAAGCUACUAUUUGGAUUGGCCACCUCGGCUGACCGGUUGGACCGCCUCCUCCCUUCUCUGCUCUAUUCCUAUGGAAACACCAAAGCUGGUAUCAUUGUUCUUGUGCCCAACUCAGAAGACGACAUUGCGAAGCAGGAGACCUAUUUCCGCAACCGCGGCUUGGAUCUGACCCUGAUCAAGUCUCCGCUUGAGUUCACCGCUCGUUACUUCGGUUUGGUGGAGGCCUUCGCCAACCAUAUCCGGACUAAGCGCCCCCAGACUAAGUGGGUCAGCUUCAUUGACGACGACACUUUCUUCCUGUCUCUGCCAACAAUCGCGCAAGAAUUGAAGUUGUUCGAUGUGAACAAAAAGCACUACAUUGGUGCCCUUUCCGAGGCUAGCUGGCAGGUCGACACCUUUGGCCACAUCGCCUUUGGAGGCGCCGGUGUGUUCGUUUCGAAGCCGCUUCUGGACACCCUCGAGAAGCAUUACGAUGACUGCCAGGCCUGGGGUGAACAACCCGGUGAUCAGAAGCUGGGCCAGUGCAUUCAACGAUAUGCUGACACCCCCCUCACUCUCUGGCCAUCCCUGUACCAGAUGGACAUGAAGGGCGAAGUUGACGGUGUCUACGAAUCCGGUCGCAAGAUUGAGUCCCUGCAUCACUGGAACAGUUGGUACACCAAGGAUGUCGUUAAGAUGACCGCUGUAUCAGCUGCUGCUGGCCGUCGCUCCGUCCUCCGCCGCUGGGUCUUUGACCAGGAGGUGAUUGUCAACAACUCGACUGGAAAGUCUACCCGCACAUUCUGGGUCUUCACCAAUGGUUACUCCCUUGUCAAGUACACAUACGACGAGAACACUCCCGAUGAUGCGAUUAACUUUGACCACGCCGAAAAGACAUGGGAAGAAGAUCCCCGCGGUUACGAAGCCCGUUUAGGUCCCCUGCGCCUUCGGGAUCAAGAAGGUGUCACCAAGGACCGGUGGCUCUUGCGCGAGGCUUUCGUCGUUGGCGACAACGUACACCAAUGGUAUGUGCGUGAAGAAGAUGAGGGUCACAGUGUCAUUGAAAUUGUCUGGCUUGGACCCAAGGGUGGCGGCGGCGCUGGUAUCAGGGAUUAUGCUGUCAACAUCCACUAA